AUAAUUCAAAUUUGUUAUGAAAAGUGACGUAUUUUUUAAGAACAAAAUAUUUAGAAAUUAUUUUUAAUUAAGAUUUGUUACAUGGGUUAUUAAAGUUAAAACAAGGCCGGGUUGGCAUCAUCUUCGAGGAACAACCAACGUCGCGCGCGAGAAAAGAAAGAAACAGAAAAAAGUCGGAAGAAAGAGAAAAUCAAGGAACACAUGGGAGAAGACUCAGCUGCAGCAACAGCCUCCAUCGACUCCUCUAAUAUUGGCUUCAAGGUUUUUGUUCAGGGUUUUUUUUUCAUUUUUUUUCUUUUAAUUUUUUUCAUCUGGGUCUAUUUGUUUCCGAGGAAAAUAGUAGCUGAUUCAAAGGUUUGGCCUGGAAAAAGCGACUGGUUAUAUGAGCUUCUGAAGAAGCACGGAUGGAAAGAAGGGACGGGUCUUGGCGUUUCUGGACAGGGUAGGUUGGAGCCUGUGCAAGCAUAUUUAAAGAAGAAUAAACGAGGCUUGGGGGCGGAUAAAGUAAAGAAGACUGCUGUGGGAUCUUAUGAAAAUUUGCCCUCUAAUGGGAAAACUGACAAGGAACAUUUGCCUACAAGAAAGAAAGGGAAGACUGUAUCUAAAAGGAUGAAGAAGAUGCUGGAGGAAGAAAAGCAGUUACAAGAGAAGGAAUUUGAGCGGGCCUUUUUUAGGGAAUUCUGGCCAGAUAACGUUUGAUGGCAAAAUCCUAGAUUGUUGUUCUUUCAUUUUUGAAGGUUAGAAUUAAGAAUUCGUACUGGAUGCUUUCCUUCCUUUCCAAUUCUGGCAGUCAGCUUCUUAUUUUGUAAAUCCUUUCCCCAUACCAAAAGAAUAAGAACGUUGUUAUGAUCAAGGAAAAACUAUAAAUGUUAUGUACAUAAGAACCUGAAUAGGAUGAUCUUGCAAUGGAAAGAUAUCCAGUGUGUUGUUUACAAUUUACAAA